GGCGUCCGUUUAUUUUCUUUUCGUUUUAUUUUGACUUCGGUGAGACACUUUAAAAACCUGUUUUGUUCUGUGUUCUCAUGCCCGUUUUAAUCUUCUAAUCCCAUUUGUGAAUGCGUUCGCUCAGGAUUGUGGUUUCCGUUUCCGGUUUACGGGGGGAUGUUUCUCGGUUAAAAAUGGGUACCGAACUGUAAUAAAUAUACGUAUCAUUUAAUAGUGUCAUUGUCGUAUAUAAAUAACCAACGAUUGUAAACAAUAAUUCAGUAAUGCUCAUUUGCGACAGCACUUCCUGCCUUCAAAACAAAAUCCGGAGGGGGCGGGGCGAGAUUCACCCGGAGCGCGAAACUCAAGCGGGGAAUAUGACGAGUUUCCGCCGACAUGUUGUUUGUCGUCGGCCGUUGAGGCGUGCUUCUUGUUUCUGCUUUUAAUUUUAAGUGUACUUGCAGACUUUAGCAUUAUAACCAGCUGCGCAGUUUGAAGUUGGACCCAAAAUGGAUGACUAACCAAACGGAUAAAGUUCGUACACCGCGACAAUGUCGGAAGAAUGUCGUUUUGGUUUCACAUAGCCGAAAACUACCUCAAUGAAUCAAAUACAUCGUGUACAACGCGGCAGAUUUCACCAGGAAUUCGUUUUUCAGAAGAAGGGGUGCGUUUCAUAGUAAAUAAUUUGCACUGACUUUUGGUCAUGAGACGCUUCCGCAAACGGUGACGUUGUAUACACAGUAAUGCUCAUGAUCAUAACAUUUGCCGUCGUCUGUCUUUGCAGGUGGGGGGGGGGGGGGGGGGGGUUCUCCAAGAUGGCUCUAAAUGCAGAGCAGGAGACUGUGAUCAGCCAGAUGUUCGAAGCCUACAUUUCAGAGUAUCAUCAAGAUGACAUGGCGAAGCUCCUUGCAGCCUCCAGCGAUGACGUCCAUCGGCCUGUUGUUAUCAACGCUAUGACGUUGUUUGAAGCCAACAUGGAGAUUGGUGACUAUUUCAACGCCUAUCCCAAUGAGGUCCUGACAAUAUUUGAUAAGGUUUUGCACAAAACAGCCACGGCGUUGUCAGGCAACGCUUCUGCUAAGCGUUUGGAUGGACUGCGCCCAAGACAACCGCAAAUGAAUCGCACCCUGCACGCACGUAUCACAGGUCUACCGGUUUGUCCAGAGCUCACAAGGGAUACCAUUCCGCGGUCGAGAGACGUUGGGCAUUUCUUGUCCGUUACCGGGACUGUCAUACGCACGAGCGUUGCCAAGGUUCUGGAGUACGGGCGCGACUACAUGUGCGCCAAGUGCAGCCAUGUUUUCGUGCUGCGGGCUGACUUUGAGCAGUUCUAUGCCUUCGUCCCCCCGGCGGCCUGCCCCAAUCCCGACGGCUGUCACUCGUGCAAGUUCAGCUGUCUGUCCGGAGGGUCGGAGCCUGCCGCCUGCAGGGAUUACCAGGAGAUCAAAAUACAAGAGCAAGUGCAGAGGUUGUCGGUGGGCAGCAUUCCUCGUUCUAUGGUUGUGGUUCUGGAGGAUGACCUCGUGGACUGCUGCAAGUCAGGAGACGACGUGACCGUUUAUGGAGUGAUGCGCCAACGCUGGAAAGCCUUUCAGGAGGGCGCUCGCUGCGACGUGGAGCUGGUUCUCAAAGCCAACAACGUGGAAGUCAACAACCAGCAGGGCGCCGCUUCUUUGCUGAUAGAAGAUGUUCAGAAGGAAUUCAAAGACUUCUGGGAGCACCACAAAUGUGAUCCCAUAGCUGGUCGGAACCAGAUAUUGCUGAGUCUGUGCCCUCAAGUGUUCGGCAUGUAUGUGAUCAAACUGGCCGUUGCCAUGGUGCUAGCUGGAGGGGUGCAGAGAAUAGAUUCUUCUGGAACCAAGACCAGGGGCGAAUGUCACCUGUUGCUGGUGGGGGACCCCGGGACGGGCAAGUCUCAGUUUUUGAAAUACGCGGCCAAGAUGAUGCCUCGCUCGGUGCUCACCGCCGGAAUCGGUUCGACAAGUGCGGGGCUGACGGUGGCGGCGGUGAAGGACGGAGGUGAUUGGCAUCUGGAGGCGGGGGCCCUGGUCCUCUCGGACGGCGGUUUGUGCUGCAUCGAUGAAUUCAACAGCAUCAAGGAACACGACCGCAUCAGCAUCCAUGAAGCCAUGGAGCAGCAGUCCAUUAGCGUGGCCAAGGCUGGUAUGGUCUGUAAGCUGAACACUCGAACGACCAUUCUGGCAGCGACCAACCCAAAGAGCCAGUAUGACCCAAAGGAAGCCCUGUCAGUCAACAUAGCGCUAGCAAGCCCUUUGCUAAGUCGCUUUGACCUGGUUCUGGUUCUGCUGGACAACAGAAAUUCGGACUGGGACCGCAUCAUCUCAUCCUUCGUUCUGGAGGAUCGAGGGUUACCGUGUGAGGGCUCCACCUUGUGGCCGAUGGAGAAAAUGAAGGCCUAUUUCUGCGUCAUCAAGCGUCUGCAGCCGCAGGUUUCGGCGGAGGCCAACUCCAUCUUAUCCAGGUACUAUCAGCUGCAAAGGCGCAGCGAAGGCCGCAACGCCGCGCGCACGACCAUCCGCAUGUUGGAGAGCUUGAGCAGACUGGCUGAAGCCCACGCCCGACUCAUGUACAGGGAGACCGUCACCAUCGAGGAUGCCGUCGUGGCCGUCUCCGUCAUGGAGUGCUCCAUGCAGGGUGGCGGUUUGCUGGGGAGUGUGAACGCAGUGCUGACCUCGUUCCCCGACGACCCCCGUCAGGAGUAUCGGACGCAGUGUCAGGUCCUGUUAGGAGGCCUGGAACUGCCCGACUUACUUCAGAAGGAGAUGGACAGAUUGGACGGGCUUGGCAGCAGCACCGUCGAGGCUUCAAGCUCUGAGCAGCCAACGGACGGCCGCCUUCCUCAUCCUGGAGAACCUGACGCCAUGACCGCCGCGCCAUCCGACGUGCUGGACGUCUCUGCGAGCGGUGCCGAGCUGGAGAGCGGCUUGGAUUGGUUUUACUCCAUGGCGCCUUCUCCAACGUCAGAUGAAAUCUCCUCUGCGGUAUUCACUUCGACUCAACUUGACGCCGAUCGAAAAACGGACUCCGCUGUGGGCGCAAAUACUGAGCCCGCAGUCACCGUUACGGCGGAGGAAGGUGCUCAAGAGAAUCUACGCGCACCUGACGGGCAAGGCGCAGAGCCUCCUGGGAGUGCAAUUCAGAAAAUCUCUCCAAAGCGACCAGAGAGAAGCGUCCAGGAGGACCCGAUUCGGAGUAAGCCGCAAUUUGGCACGGCGACGAAACCCACCGGCGCUCUGCUAGCGGACACGACGGCGGCGGCUCCGGAUGAAAAUAUUCCUUUCAGGUUUUCAGACUUUGUAUUCAAACCCAAGAAGAUGACAUCCAAGCUGAACGGCGGAAACGGUCCAAACGUUCAACAGAAGGUUGGCGGCAACGAUGAGGCCAAGGGUGCGCUUCCGCGGAACGACGGCGGAAAAAAUAAAAGGCGCGAAAAGCAGCCGAGUUUCCAAGGUGCAAGCGUGAAAAAGCAAGUGAGCCGCGUCAGCGAUAAAACCACGUCGUCUUUCCCGCCAGAAGAGCUGCAAAAGGACCAAUCGCCACGAGCGCAGACCGCCGGCGCCAUCGGCCAAAAACCUGACAUGGGGAGCCAAGAAACUUUGACACCUUUAAGAGCGACUUGCGGCACCGCAAAGUUCGCAGUCACCCCCUCAACUAUCGCUAAGCUUUCAAGAUUCUCUUUCGGCGGCGCAGCCGAACCCCGACGACCCGCGUUUCAGGCACACCUGGAAAAGAAUCAGCAAAUGGAAAAAGUUUCACGUGAAAAAGAAUGCGCAGAAUUAUCCAGGAGCGCUUCCGACAGAACGACGGAGCAAAGACCCAAAAGAACGCCAGAGGUCAAAGCUGCCUCGCGGCAUCCGCCUCCUUUGCAACGUGGCCCAGCGGCGUGCGCGAGCGUAAAACUAACGCAAGCGAGUCCUUCUGGAACACGCGGGGUCAAAAUGGGUCAAGGUCGAGCCGCGGCGUUUCCUAAUUGCGUCAAGAUGAAGAGGAAGCGUUUGGAAUCGGCCACUCCAGCAAGCGUCUCGAAAGGCGUGCUUGUCAAAACUUCUCUUUUUGGCUCUGGUGACUUAAAUGAUGACAUUCUCGACACUGACUGGGACAAAGAGGUCGCAAAGAAAGCCAAAGUGUGAAAUUACAGGUAGCAGCCCCCCCG